UAAUUUUUGAGUUAUUGGCCAUGAUAUUGUUCACUUGCUUUCACAUUUAUUUUUGGGUUACCUGUGGCUUGGUAGCUUUCUUAGCAACAGAAAACAAACAUGGCGGCUGUUACCAAAUGAACAAGUCAAAAUAAUUAAGAAAAAACAUAGAAUGUUGCAGUAACAUAGCCCUCGGAACAAGUUCUAGCCAACGAAAUUACUUUUAAAAGUUUACUACAUAUUGUUGAGUUUGCGUAAGAAGGGAAAAUGGACCACGAAAGGAGAGUUUUGUCUUCGAGAUCCCCCUCAACUAAAUACGAGGUUUUGCUACUAGAAGACGUCGCUAACAGGAAGAAGGGGCCGUGCGACGAGAGAAUGCCAAUUUGCUUCAACGUACUCGAUGAGAUCCUUCCUCAGCUAGGUGUUUACCGCAAGAUCAUGUCUAUGUUACGUGACGAGCUGUACGAAGCAGUACAUAGCCAAGAAUACACCACCAUCCCGCCCAAAAAGGGGAGAAACAGGACUCCAAUCCUACAGAGGAUCCCAUAUUUCGUCUUGGUAAACCGUGUUUACGAAGAGAGGGACAAGAGAGCGGAUGAUUUGCAAGAAGAUAUUGAGAGACUUCGUAAGAACAUGGAAUCAACUCAGGUAGAACUAAACGCAGCAAAAGAACAAGUCAGUCAGCUCACCCAGAAAGUUAGAGAAAAUGAAGAUGAAAUUUUCAACUUGAAGAUGGAGCUACAAAAUUCUGAUUUGGAAAUGAAUAAAAUUCGAUUGGAUUUGGAGCAGGAGCAGAGAUCUCACGCACUGACCAAGGAAAGGUAUGAGAAACGCAUCACAAAUCUCAAAGACCAGUUAGAGAAAUGCGAGAAAAUGGUUAAAUUCCUUCGGCGCUACAAAGACGGCUAUGAUGAUUUGGAAGAAGCUUUUAAUGAUUCUACAGUUUUUGUGAAAAGACCACACAAACCAGUAAAGCUAACGAAACGGGCUCAAAUGGUCCAAGAGAUUGCCUCAGCAAAGCAAUUAGAGCAACAGCUUCUAGAGAUGGAAAAUGUUAUAAUUGAGGAAUAUGACACUUUCCUAGAAGAGAAUAAAGUAAAGCCUGAUAACAACAAUGAGCUUGAGCCAGGACAGAGUCAAACAAACUUUACUCAAAAGUGGGAUGAUGAGAGUGAAGAGAUGAAAAGAUACCUUAAAGCACAGCAGGAUAUGGAAAAUCGCUACAAGAAGAGCAUAGCUGAUAUAAAGAAGGAGCUACAACUUAUAGAAGUUCACAAGUCUGCUCUGGAGGAUCAACUUAGUCAUCAAGAUGCAGAGCACGAGAUGAGAGACGAGAUGCCAAAAAGACGAACAAGCUUUCUUGAUAAGAGACCCGAAGCAGCUGCGAAAUCAGAUGAUGAUGAUGAUGAUGAUAUUGAUUUUGUGAAGAUAAUGAGCACUCCUGGUCAGGCUGACCCAUUUAUUCCUCAUGAACGUAUCUUGAGUAAGUAUGCUGCUAUGAUGUACUACUCAUGCAAUCAUGGAAAGAACUUUCAUGAGUUCAAAGACGCCAAGUUUUGCCCUAGCUGUGGAGAGUCCACUCUUUUGUGCCCUCACAAAGUGGUAGAUGAGAAGAUCAUAUCGCUUCCUCACAACUCAACGCACAUCAAGAUUCUGAGACCAGCUGUUCAUAUACUACAAGGCGAUAAGAGGCCCAUAUCUGCUCCUGGCACCCCAGACAGUAUGCGUCUCAUGUCAGCUUCAGGAUCGGCCACCCCCUCAUACGGGGAUGAGCAUGUUGUAAGAGCACAGCAGCGAUUGACAACUUCUUACAAGAGGUUGUGGGAUGACCUAGCAGCUAGGACUGAUGUGCGUAGACUGCUGCCACGGCCAAUAAGCAAAGAGCGAGUGCUGUCAAUCAUAACCCAGUUUUAUUCCACUCUGAUUUGGCAGGAUGAUUAUGCAAUGGAAGAAGAGCAUGUUGUGUCUAUUCUGGAGACUAUGCAUACUUUUUUCCAGGACCGGUAUAUUGUGCCUAAUGUUGCAUACUUAGCAAUGCAUGACUUCAUAUCAGGUGUGGUGAAGUAUGCCCAGGAAUGUCGAAGCAUAGAGCUCUUUGCCCAAGCAAUGUGUGGAAGUCUAGACCCGGUAGUGAUUCGGUAUGUUCUCUUGAUCAACUAUGUCAUUGAGUUGGUAGACUGGGCGGCAGUUGAAGACAUCCGUACGUUUGCUCAGUGCGUCUACCCUUUUAUGCACGAGGAAGACCUUGAGCAGUUCACCAUGGGUUACACAUCUUUUAGCGAGAAUAAAAUCUCCAACCAGCUUGUCUCAGAGUACCUUCUUUACAUCAUCCUCAAAUACAGGGAACCACGCUUUCAAGACAUGGAGGUCAAACUGCUGUCACAUCCGGGACAUAGACCAGGAUUUAUGACUGAUAUAGAGUUCACAGAAGCCAUUGAUAACAUCUGCCCACUGGCAUCAGAGAGAAUGAGACGCAGACUGUUUGCAGAGUCUGUUGAGCACAUUCAAGACUCUGAGGAUUCUGUGAAUGUUAUGCGCUUAUCACAGAUCACUGGGUAUCUGGCAUUAAUGCAGAUUACCAACAUCAUCCGUGACUCUGUUGCAGACAAGGUUGUACAAGCAAGAGCCAAACAGUCAGAUGAGAAGAGUCCUUCUCUAUCAAGUACCAUGACUAAGCAGCAACUACUGAGAGUCGCUGAGGCCACAAUGAAACCCCCAAAUACAAAACUGUUAACAAUAGAGAGCGCACGAACCAUUGCAGCUGUCAACUCCAAGAGAACAACUGCACGGCACAUUAAGCAUAUUGAGGGCUACCAGUAUGAUUGAUGAUAUCAAUCAUACUGAAAUGUCAAUCAUACUGAAAUGCCAGUCAUACUGUAAUGUCGAUCAUACUGAAAUGUCAAUCAUACCGAAACGUCAAUCAUACUGAAAUGCCAGUCAUACUAAAAUAUCAAUCAUACUGAAAUGUCAAUCAUACUAAAAUGCCAGUCAUACUGAAAUGUCAAUCAUACUGAAAUGCCAGUCACACUGAAAUGUCAAUCAUACUGAAAAGAUUUAGGAUACAAGAUACCAGCUGUAUCAUAUUCUCAAACAAUAUGGUUGGAAGUAAUGUCACAAUAGUACAAGAUACAGUAUAUACAUAUAGAAAAUGGUUUCUACAUCACACUCCUAAUCAUGCUCGAGGAUCCAGCUUACUUUGCUGGCACUCCCAAAGGUCAUUACUUCUGCAGUAGUGACCUUUUAAAUGGCCCACAAAGUACACUGGUUCCUCAAGCAAUACUCCUAAUACAUCACCAUUAUGGUUAAACAAAGAUAGCUUUAUCAUCGACGAGAAUUCUUUCUUAUGCAUAUUGCCACAAAUGACUCAGAGUGAUUUUUAAUACAUGUACAAAAAAUGUUUAUUUGUACUCUAUAAUAUACUUUUCAACUGUGUUGACUUGUAUAUAUUAGUUUUAAUAAAAUAUUAAGUAGAUAUUUGAGGUAAAAAA